GGAGCAGACCGGCCGUGCGAGCUUGCAACGAGCAUGGAUCCCGUGCAGAACUCGCAGGUAUCGGACAUGACAGGGGAGCACAACGCGGGACCAUGCGCCGUGGACCGGGCCGACGUGUCCAGCCCGUGUCCCGCGAUGGCCAAGCAGCGGUCCUUACGCGUGGUUUACGUCCUCAACGAUGGGAUGAAGUCGGCGAUGGCGAUCAGUCCCGAGUCCGGAGCGCUGCAGUGUCUCCAGCGGGCGUGCGACGCGGAGAGUGCCCUGCUCACCACGGUCGCGUUUGGGAGACUGGAUUUUGGAGAGACGUCAGUGCUUGAUAGUUUCUACGACGCAGACAUAGCGGUGGUGGACAUGAGUGACGUGUUUCGGCAGCCCUCCCUGUUCUAUCACCUGGGAGUGAGGGAAAGCUUCGACAUGGCCAAUAAUGUCAUUUUAUACCACGACACAGACCCCGAUACUGCACAGUCUCUAAAGGACAUGGUGGCUCAGAAGAACACAGCCUCCAGCGGUAACUACUACUUCAUCCCGUACAUAGUGACCCCGAACCACGAGUACAUGUGCUGUGAGAGCGACGCACAACGCAGGGCAAGUGAAUACAUGCAGCCCAACUGGGACAACCUGCUGGGGCCCCUGUGUGACCCCCUCAUCGACCGCUUCACCAGUCUGCUCAAGGAUAUACACGUUACUUCAUGUGCUUCCUUCAAAGACACUCUGCUGAACGACAUCCGAAAGGCGAGAGAGAAGUACCAGGGCGAGGAGCUGGCCAAAGAACUGUCCCGAAUCAAACUGAGAAUCGACAACACUGAGGUCCUCACACAGGACAUCGUCAUGAACCUGCUCUUCUCCUACAGAGACAUACAGGACUAUGAUGCCAUGGUGAAGCUUGUUCAGACUCUGGAGAUGUUGCCAACUUGUGAUUUAGCAACGCAGCCAAUGAUUCAGUUCCACUAUGCAUUUGCACUAAACAGGAGGAACAGCCCGGGGGACAGGGAGCAGGCUCUCAGGGUGAUGCUUCAGGUGCUUCAGUCGUGUGAACAUCCAGCCCCGGACAUGUUCUGUCUCUGUGGGAGAAUCUACAAAGAUAUUUUCCUCGACUCGGACUGUAAAGACACGAAGAACAGGGACAACGCCAUACAGUGGUACAGGAAAGGUUUUGAGCUGCAGCCAACUCUGUAUUCUGGGAUCAAUCUGACGGUGUUACUUAUUGUUGCUGGACAUCAAUUUGAAAACUCCAUGGAACUGAGGAAAAUUGGUGUAAGGUUGAACAGUCUGCUCGGGCGUAAAGGCUCUUUGGAGAAAAUGAAUAAUUACUGGGACGUUGGUCAGUUUUUCACAGUUAGCAUGCUUGCUCACGAUGUUCCCAAAGCCACACAAGCUGCUGAGAAACUCUUUAAACUCAAGCCUCCCAUUUGGUAUUUGAAAUCUGUGGUACAAAACCUGCAGCUGAUCCAACGAUUCAAAAAACAGUCUAUUGAACAUUCCCCGUUGAGAGAGAGACUCAACUUCUGGAUGGACAUCAUUGUAGAAGCCACUCAAGGCACGACCAACCGCCUCCGAUUUCCAGUAUUAAUACUGGAGCCCACCAAAGUUUACCAGCCUUCGUAUGUUUCUAUUAACAAUGAAGCUGAGGAGAAGAAUGUGUCUAUAUGGCAUGUGUCUCCAGCCGAAACGAAGGGGAUACAUGAGUGGAACUUCACUGCACAGUCCAUUAAAGGAAUCAGUAUCAGUAAGUUCGAUGAGCGCUGCUGCUUCCUGUACGUCCACGAUAACUCCGAUGACUUCCAGAUCUACUACUCGACGGAGGAGCAGUGCGGUCGAUUCUGCACUAUGGUCAAAGAGAUGAUUUCUGAUGGCACUGGCAACGCUGUCGAACUGGAGGGAGAACUGGAUGGCGAUACACUUGAAUACGAGUAUGACACUAAUGAGAAUGGGGACAGAGUGGUUUUGGGCAGAGGCACGUAUGGAGUGGUGUACGCCGGGAGAGACCUCAGUAACCAGGUCCGAAUCGCCAUCAAGGAAAUCCCAGAGAGAGACAGCAGGUACUCCCAGCCUCUUCACGAGGAGAUUGCCCUGCACAAGUAUCUGAAACACAGGAACAUCGUCCAGUAUUUGGGAUCUGUCUCUGAGGACGGAUACAUCAAGAUCUUCAUGGAGCAAGUGCCUGGAGGAAGUCUGUCUGCUUUACUCACCUCCAAAUGGGGUCCACUGAAGGAGGCCACUAUUAUCUUCUACACCAGACAGAUCCUGGAGGGGCUCAGAUACCUGCACGAAAACCAGAUCGUGCACAGAGAUAUCAAGGGUGACAAUGUCCUGGUGAACACUUACAGUGGUGUCUUGAAGAUCUCAGAUUUUGGGACCUCCAAACGUCUGGCUGGAGUCAACCCCUGCACAGAAACAUUCACUGGUACGCUGCAGUACAUGGCCCCUGAAAUCAUAGAUAAGGGCCCUCGUGGUUAUGGGGCCCCGGCGGACAUCUGGUCUCUGGGCUGCACCGUCAUAGAGAUGGCCACUGGGAAACCUCCUUUUCACGAACUGGGAGAACCACAAGCCGCCAUGUUUAAGGUUGGUAUGUUCAAAAUCCACCCAGAGAUCCCCGAGUCUCUGUCUCUGGAGGCCAAGUCCUUCAUCCUUCGCUGCUUCGAGCCCGACCCAAACAAGAGAGCUCUCGCCGUGGACCUGCUCAGAGACACGUUUGUGAGAAUGAACGCCAAAGGGAAGAAGAGCAAGAUCGCCUACAAACCCUCAGACUACAUCCACAGUGUGUCUUUACCAGUGCAGUUACAGUUAGAGGCCUCCGGGGGCAGCAGCUCUGAGCACGGCUCCGUCAGUCCGGACUGUGACUCCGAAACUGACGUGUUUUUUCAGAAGAAGAAAGACUCGGGGUCUGAAAACCUGCUCAAACCCACCAACUCCAACUACCUCAGUGUUCCUGAUGAGGGCUCUUCGUCAGAGGACCGCAGUAUCCCCCCCUCCCCCGAGGACAGAGACGGGGGGCUGUUUCUGCUGAAAAAAGACAGUGAGAGACGAGCCAUCCUCUACAAAGUCCUCAACGACGAUCAGGACAAAGUCAUCUCCAACCUCAAGGAGAACCACAUACAGGGCAGUGAGGAGCUGCAGCUGUCUGUGGACCACAUAAAGCAGAUCAUCUGUAUCCUCAGAGACUUCAUUCAUUCCCCCGAGAGGAGAGUCAUGGCCGCCACCAUCUCCAAACUCAAACUGGACCUCGACUUUGACUCCACCUCCAUCAACCAGAUACAACUCGUGCUCUUCGGCUUCCAGGACUCAGUAAAUAAAGUGUUGAGGAAUCACCACAUCAAACCUCACUGGAUGUUUGCAAUGGACAACAUUAUCCGCAGAGCUGUGCAGGCGGCGAUCACCAUCCUCAUACCAGAGCUGCAGACCCACUUUGGCCCGGCGUCCGAGUGUGAGGGGGCAGAGAAGGACGAUGAGGUGGAUGAAGAGGAGGGGGAGUACGCUCACGUUUUGGCCUCAGCUCACGAAGACUCAGUGACCACCACAGACCCCUCGUCCUCCGCCGUGAGCACGCUGCACUCAGGACAGUCCCAAGAACAUCAACGCACCCACCACCAGCUCAACGCACAGCUGGGACGCCUCAAACAGGAGACCAACAGGCUGCUGGAGGAGCUUCUUCAGAGGGAGAGGGAGUACCAGCAGGUCCUGAAGGCCACACUGCAACAGAGAGCCCACGACCUGGAGCUGGUCAGAGUACGACACAGGCCCCCAGACAUCACCCCACCCUCCAUUUUCCACAUCCCAGCCGAUUUUGAACCGGACAAGGAGCUCACCGACUGGCUGAAGGAGCAGGGGGCGGAUCCCGACACUAUAGACAAGUUUGUGCUCGAAGAAUACACACUGGCUGAUAUACUCAAUGACAUCACCAGAGACGAUCUCCGCUGUCUACAUCUACGGGGCGGAGUUCUUUGUCGUAUUUGGAGGGCGAUCCAGCGGCACAGAGAGAGGCAGAGGCUGAAGAGCCCCAAGAAAGAUGCAUGAUGGGAAAAAAAUGGACCCUUCAAAAACACGCACACGUCCACACACUGCCAGCUGAGCAUUAUUUACCUUACUCUAGUUUAUUGGUAGUUUAUGGUCUGUUUUUCUUUUCUUAGCAUUUCUAUGUAAAAUCUGUAAAGUGGCCUGGUUAGCUGAACUACUUUCUCAUUGUGUUCUAGCCAGAGGUUUCAGGCUGAUGCAAAAUCUACACCGUUGCCAUAGCGAUUAAUAAUUCAAAACUAAACAUUACAUCUCCUCAAAAUGGUACCUGUAUCAAGUGGAAGUUUUUUCCAGUUCUGUUUUAUUUACAAUUUGUCCUACUUUAAAAAUUAUACACCACCAAAAUUAUUAAUAGUUAUGAAAUAGAUAAAAAAAAUUGGAAAAAUACAUUAAAAAAAAGAAAGAAAGAAAAGAAAAAGUUCCCAUUCCAAGAAAAAUUUAGAAAAAUACAACCUUCCUAAAUAAAAAUAAAUAAAUAAAUAUAGGUGCAUUUCUGAGUGUAUGUUAUGUGUCAAUAUGAAAUUACAUUAAAGGUGCAUAAUGUAACUUUUCUGGUGUAGGGUUCGUCAAAUGCUUAUCUCCAUGGUGAUGUUCUUGCUUCAAUCAGUCAAUUCAAUUAAAUUUUUUCCACAAUUUUAAAUUAUAAUCUCACAAGGCACACAUUUAUAAAUAUAUAUAAAUAUCAGCUUUUUCAGGUAAAUGUCACAGUAUGGUAUUAAACCUUUCUAUCUACAGGUUACAGGUCAGAUCUGUGGAGAGGCGAUGCCGCUCACAGUCAGAAUGCCUGUCUUUUUUAGGUGUUUCUGAGCCAUGAGACCAUCUGUAAUUUAAUAAAUGUAAAGUAGAGAUAUUUAAUGUCAUACUGUGGGACAUAUCCAAAGAAACAAGCAGGUAAUGGGGUCCUAACCAAAAAGUUACAUAGUGCACCUUUAAAAUAAACCAAUACCAGACAACUCCCGUAGAUUCCAAUUGAAAGCUGACCAGUUAACCAGGCAACAUGUCUGAGUGCCUUCACUGAUCUCUCCUCUGCAUCGAACAGAUUAGACCAAAAGAGUUUAAGUCCAGGCACAACAUGUUUUUUUUCUAUUUCUGUUUGUGAAGGAAAAAAAUUGUGUUAUAUUUUGUAUUGUUAUCGUGCUUUUAUGAGGUUGACUGCACACACAGAACGUAGUGAGUGUAGCGUUCAGCUCCAGUUAAAUGAAGCUCACCAGGCCAGCAGGUAUAAAAGCGAGGGCCUGUUUACAUGAGAACGCUUAAAAACGACAAAAUAUUUUAUCAGAAGUGCCUUUUGUUUAAACGGUGACAGCAUUUUUGGAGCUUAAAAAUGCAAAAAUCUGAAACCACCCUCCAGACUGGAAAAGUCGAAUACACUCCGCCGUAGCGUUUACGUCUACACUGCCCAAGAUGCAAAACUCUGUUCAGAUCUGCGCGUUUAUGCGUUUACGUCACAUACAUACAGUACACAGAAACAAACAGGUCGGAUGGCAUGCAUACUCAAUCGAAUUCCCCACACUUUUGCGUCUCCGUAUGCACGCAGAUUUCCUCCCAAAAACGCUCAUCUAAACACGGAAUAAAAAGUGAAGACGUGACGCCACUUUUGCAUAUUUUGUUCAGACCGUCAUCAUAUAAACAUAUCCUAAAUUUGGAGCAGAGCAAAUUAGGAAUAGGACUGUAUUUACUCACAGAAUAGCAAAAAUCACCAGGAUCACGAACAUAUGAACAUUUUAAGACCAAAGUGAUGAGGCUGACAGCAGCAGUUAGAGAAAAGGAAACUUCUCACUUAUUUGGAACCAAGCGGCAUGUUAGCUGUGUCCAUUUAUAUAUACAGUCUAUGAUUGCACUUGAGCAAUGUAUCUCCAAAAAAAUAUUCUGUCAUUUAUUCAAUAUUCUUUUGCACAACAUCAGUCAAUUUCUGUAUGUGGGCAGAUCAGUCUUAGCGUGAUUCAUCAGCCGGUUUUACUUCGUGGAAACCGUAUGACCUCACAGCAUUAGGGUUUGUUCGCUUGACGGUAGGCAGGUACUUUUUUUCAUUUCACCAAUCGCUGCUAUUUAGUCGUGAAGUUAACGGGGGCUAACUGGUAUAUUAAGCUUUUCUCAAAUCCCAUAGGAAGAAGGACAAUAACGUCUUUCCCCUUGAUAAAAUUCACCAAACAUUCUCUUCGUUACGGCUUUAAAUCCUCGAUCUCGGGAAUCGUUGCCAACGCAAAAUAUAUGGCUCUUCACUGACUGGCUGGUGCCUGAACUCACAGCGUUUUGUGAAUCAUCUAGUGUAUUCUGAUUCCUCACCUAGUUGCUGGAGAGAAGUGAAACUGAGCAGAAGAACUGGGUGGCCACCAGCCUGGCUAGAUCGAUCUAUCACUAUUACUCAAAAUAUCAUAGUAUCACUGUUAUGAAAAGUACUAUCACUAUUGCAUACUUAUACUUGACCUAAUAAUCCAGACUAAUUUACGUUAUGUUCGUUAUGUUUGUUUAUGAUAUAAAACUACACUAGGCUAAUGUUACACUCACUAUGAAAUAUAUUCAAUUUCUAUCAGCCACCACAUGUACUUUUGACAAAUACAUAAAAACUGUGGUUAUUAUUUAAAAUAUAUAUAUUGCUUUAAUUGGAAAUCUAACUUCUAUUUUAAAAAGUGCAGUAAUAUGAUGAGGGGCAAAACAGGCUCCAACAACAACAAUGGAGCACUUCCUGUAUUACCACAUGACAGUGUAUUUUCAGUUUGAGAAAAGAAUUCAGCCCAAAUAUGCAGGGUUUGUUGUGUUACACAUGUGUGAAUGAGACAAAACACAACUCCUGGUAUGUUUGUGAUGAGGAACAUAGAUCAGAAAAUAGAUUAAUCUAGGCCCUUUCACUUUUAAUGUUUUCUAAUAGCUAUAGUCUUUAUCUUAUUGCCCAAAAUGGUUUUAUAUGAAUUAUGGUGUUAUCUUUGCCUUGUCAAACAUUCAAAAAAGUCUAUCUUCCUUCAACAAUUAUGAAUACAGAACUUUCCAUUUCUAUUUUCAGCUCUUUGUGCCUUCCUGGAUAAACAUGCAAUCCUUAAAACUGCCUUGUUUGCAUCUUAUUUAUUUAUAAUUAUGUAAAUGUGCUUAUGCUACCAAAAUCUUUCCUUAAUCGUUUAAAUGUUCACUUUUUUCUAUUCAAAUUGUUUAUGUUAAAAUGUGCCUUGUGCUUCAAUGAAUGCUUAAGAAGUGCAAUAAAUAUUAAAGUUACUCACCGA